AUGACCAAUAACUCCAUCAGUGGUGAAAUUCCCUCCAAUAUAUCAUCCAGGCUUACAAGAUUUAAUAUGAGAGGCAACCGACUAACAGGAGAAAUACCUGCUUUUCUGGGUCACUUGUCAAACCUGAAAUUCUUGAGUUUCGCCAACAACAGUCUGAGAGGGAGCAUCCCACCUUCAUUGGGGAACUUGUCAUCCAUACAGACACUUGUUUUGAUGGCUAAUGAAUUAACUGGGAUUCUACCUGAAGCAUUGGGGCAACUGACAAAUCUUUCAGGUUUCUCCAUAGCCGGAAAUACAAUUUCUGGUAUUCUUCCAAUCUCAAUGUUCAAUCUGUCCAAUAUUAUAAUCUUUGAUAUUGGUAGAAACAAGAUUCAAGGUACUUUUCAUUCUGACUUGGAAAUCAAUAUGCCACGUGUUGAAUUCUUUUCUGUACAAGGAAAUCAAAUCUCUGGACAAAUCCCGAUUUCAAUAUCCAAUGCUUCAGAACUGAAUGUACUUCAAUUUCAGGAUAACAGACUUCAUGGAAAUGUGCCUUCGCUAGAAAAGUUGGAUAGCCUAUUUAGAGUUAACCUAGGCUCAAACCAUUUGGGACAUGGGAAAGAAGGUGACUUGAAUUUUCUCUGUGCUUUAGCCAAUAACACCAAACUAGAAAGUCUAUACGUAUACGACAAUAAUUUUGGAGGGGUAUUUCCUGAAUGCAUUAACAAUUUUUCUAGCACUCUUUUGCAUUUAGAAAUAGAUGAGAACAAAAUAUCAGGAAUAAUUCCAAAUGGGAUUGGAAAUCUUAUCAAUUUGGAGGUGCUAUCAGCAUCAACAAACCAACUGUCCAGUUUCAUCCCCUUUGAUGUUGGGAGGCUUCAGAAGUUAUCUGGUUUACUUCCAAACAACCUUGGUAGUUGUGUAAGUCUAGAGAAGUUGUUCUUGGAUGGCAAUAUGUUUGAAGGGCCCAUUCCUCCAUCGUUGAGUUCAUUGAGAGGACUUGUAGAGUUGGACUUAUCUGACAAUAAUCUUUCAGGUGGGAUUCCGAAAUUUCUCGUGAGUUUUAGGGCAUUAAAGUAUUUAAAUCUCUCUUUCAAUGAUUUUGAGGGAGUGAUACCAACUGAAGGAAUAUUUAAGAAUACAAGUGCUACGUUCGUUGAGAGAAACAAUAAGAUUUGUGGAGGCAUCCCUGAGUUACACUUGCCCAGAUGUUACUCGAAAAGAUCAUCAAAGACUUACUCAAAAAUUGCAGUUGUUAUUGUGAUUUUAGCAGUGACUUUGGUUUCCACUUCUCUCCUCAUCUUGUUGUUUAGAAAAAAGAAAGAGCAGCCAACAAUUAUUUGUGCCGAGAAUUCCCUUUUACAAUUAUCAUACCAAAGCAUCCUAAAGGCCACUGAUGGAUUCUCCAUGCAGAAUUUGCUUGGAUCUGGAAGCUAUGGUUCCGUAUACAAAGGAAGUAUUGUAGAGAGUGGAGCAACUAUUGCAAUUAAGGUGUUUAAUCUUAUGAAUCAAAGAGCUUCUAGGAGUUUCUUGACUGAAUGUGAGGCCUUGAAGAACAUUCGACAUCGGAAUCUUGUCAAGGUAUUAACAGCCAUUUCAGGUGUUGAUUACCAAGGUAAUGAUUUUAAAGCGUUGGUUUAUGAGUUCAUGGUAAAUGGAAGCUUGGAGAACUGGCUGCAUCCAUCUAUUGCCAUCAAUGAAGCAGAGACGAUGAGAAACCUAAACUUCUUCCAAAGAGUUAGUGUGUCAAUCGAUGUUGCUCACGCACUUGAAUAUCUUCACCACCAUUGUGAAACAUCAAUCAUUCAUUGCGAUCUUAAGCCAAGCAAUAUUCUACUAGAUGAGGCGAUGAUUGGCCAUCUAAGUGACUUUGGCUUGGCAAAAAUCCUUUCUGCAGACAUUCUUAACUAUUCUUCUCAUCAGUCAAGCUCCCUUGGAUUAAGAGGAACUAUUGGUUAUACUCCACCAGAAUAUGCUAUGGGAUGCAAGUUGUCAACAAAAGGUGAUGUGUAUAGCUAUGGCGUUCUCUUGUUAGAAAUGUUUACGGGGAAAAGGCCGACUCACGAUAUGUUCAAAGAAGGUUUCAGCAUUCACAACUUUGUUGCGGCAGCUUUGCCUGAUCGGGUGACUGAAAUUAUUGAUCCCAUUCUUCUUCAAGAGAGGUCUACACAAGGAAGAAUUGCAGAUGUCACUCUUAAUCACAAACAUCUUCAACACUUGAAUUCAAUAUUUGAAGUAGCACUCAUUUGUUCUGCUGAAUCACCUACUGCGCGGAUGGACAUGGAUGAUGUCGUUUCCAAGCUUUGUUCUAUUAGAGACAAGCUUCUCCGUCCAACUCGCUCUCGUCAUUAG